CCGCGACCUCAAUAUCGAGUCACGUGACAAAGCAGCCAUUAUCAUGAUAAAGAAUGCUACCAUUACUGUUUACGGAUUUGUAUGAGAAUUUUCCUUCUCUGAAUACUGUUAUUUCAGAAACAAACGCUGUUCAGUCACUCCUUUCGUAUCAAGUCUGUUAAGAUGUAUGUGGUGUCUUAGACAGGAAGAGAAAUAGCGAUGAACCACCAUUACCCUGAUAACUAUCAUGGGUAUUCUCGUGGUGGCCCGGGUGUCCAGGGAAUGAGCUAUGGGGCACCCUUUGGCGAUCCAACAGCUAUGGCACGGAUGGGCCACCCCAGGGAGAACUACCAGAUGCCUGGCUACCGAGACCCGCGUCACAUGAACCCCAUGAUGGACCAGCAGAGCAUGAUGUACAGCCAGGGGAACUUCAUGCCUCAGCAGGGCGGUAACCCCUACCCUAUGGGAGACUACGCCAGCUACGGGAUGCACCGCAUGAACCCUGCCAUGAUGGCUGCGCACCAGCAGAGGGAGAUGGGCGGUCCCUACUACGGUUCUGCCAUGCCUGAAAUGUCUCACGCGUCCUCUCAGCACUCGACCAUGAUGAGCCAGGCGUCAGCGUACAGUCACAGUCAGCAGAGCAGUCUCCACAUGCAGCAGCAGCAGCAACAACAACAGCAACAGCAGCAGGCUCAGCCGCCCGCCCCACAACAACAGCAGCCGCCGCAGCACAUGAUGGCUAGACACGGUCACCCGGGCCUGGCGGGUCAAGGUCAGAUGGCGGCGGUGUCGAGCCAGGUCCCCGGCCAGCAGCCUGUGCGGAGCCAGAGCGGCCAGUCGUCUCAGAGCCCGUGCCACCCGCUGCCCCAGGCCAGCCCGCACCCUGCGCCCCCCGCCGCGACUUACGCUGCCCACGGCUCCCCUCAGAUGAUGAGCGGUGGUCACCAUGUGCCCCAGCACCCCAUGAGGCACCCGACCACCCAGCAGAACCCUCAGGAAGUGGCCGACAACAUUCUGCAGAUGGCGUCCUCGUAUCCCUCGAACCACACGGUUCAAGUUCCCCUGAAGAGUCGUCCGGCCCCGUACCACAUCCCCCGCUCACCUCACUACAGCGUCCCUCACUCAGAGCUCUCCCACCUGUCGCCCAUCCCCUCGGCCCAGCAGCAGCAGAGCCCCGUGCAGACGUGCCACGCCAGCCCCAGCCCUUCUUCCUCUAGCGUCAAGUCCCCCACCCCCGUCCUCGCGCCGAUUCCCAACCCGAUCCCGUCGCCGGGCAUCAGCGGGCUGAGGUCUCCGUGUAAUCAAGGAGUCUCCCCGUGCGGCGCUCAGCGCUCGCCGGCUCACAUGGGCUCAUCGUACGGAGGUCACAGCCAGGGCUGUCCCCCGUCGCAGACUAAUAGCGACGUUUGUUCCCCCCACCCUCACAACAGCUCUGCGGCCUCCUCUCCCCCUGAGGUCGUCGUUCCCCCCCAGCAGUUCCCCCCCGCCCACAGCUACUCGCCAUAUCCCUCCACGCCCACGCAGCGGAGCGCCAUGUACUCCCCGCAUGCCGACGGCUCGUUCAGUUUGUCGAAGUCGGAGCAUCAUAUCAGCAGGUCGGGCUACAGCAGUCCCGUGACCUCUAGUCCUAGCACCAGCAUCGGUGGUGUUGGGGGCGGCGGCGGCGGGCUUCACACCAAUAUGUCGAAGAUGAAGACUGACAACAACGCUGCUGCCCAUGGGUUCAUGAAUAAUCCGCUCAUGUCGUUAGAGAAACUGGUGAUGCUUCCGGAGACGCAGGUGGUGGAUCCGAAGAGUGUUGUGAACGACGCCUGCCUGACGGCUCAACAAAACGAUCAAGAUGAGGGUCCAAAAAACGUUGAAGACCCAGCAGAACGGCUUGCCGAGGGCUCGAGUCAUUCUGUCGGGUGUCAGGAAAAAGUCAGCCCUCCCAGCAUUAAGUCGGACGCUCAGGACGUUCCAGCUGUCCACGACGGUCUCGAGCAGCAGACGGCGACGGCCACAGACCAGGCUACUGGCCCUGUCCGCGGCGAUGACCUCUCGGCUACCAACAGCUUUGACGAGGUCGCGAAUCACGUCAUGAAGGAAGUGGACCCGAACAAGGUGAUAGAUUCUGAUUCCGUCUCAAACUCUGUGGCUCCAAUUAUACCCAUGGAAAGUGUUUCCAAUGAAAAUGAGUCCGUAACACUUGAAAAACAGACUUUUUCAACUGAAAGUGAAUCUGUUGCACCUGCAACUCUCACUGUUUCAAAGGAAUCUGUUACCCUUGAGACGGCAACCGUUGUGAAGGAAAACUUAACCAACCAGAAUAGUUAUGAUUUUGCUCAAGCUGUGCCGGAGGUGAAAGAGUCGGCACAGCAAAGUCAGCUUCCCUCUAACGGUGAACUUUCUUCCAACGUUACCAAACUAGAUGAAGCUUCUACGCUGCAGGUCAAAGUGAAAGAAGAGUUUGUGGAAUCUGACACUAUUGCCAAGCAGCCGGAGGUGAAAGAGUCACAGAACAAAGAUGUUGUGCAGUUUUCCUCCGAUUCAGUGGAGGUGAGCGUGAAAAUGGAGAAGCUGGUGGACGACGUUAAGUGUCCCGUGACGCACAGAAGAGCUCCGGGCGUGCUGUCGGAGGUGCCCAUUCUCACAAACGGCGUGAGCGGUUCGACGUGCACGAACGAGGAGCCGGCCGAGCCAGAUCUCAACAAAGAGGCUCACCACGCCCACGUGGCCAACGGGCUCAACUCUGUCGUGAGGACCAAAAUUGGUUUGGCGAAGAGGGUGGCUCCGAUCGCUCGGAUGACUCCCUGUAGCAUUGCCGUUGGGGCGAGCGAGCGGGCGGCUUGUGAGCGGUUUGCAUUCCGGCGUAACGGUUUCUGCAGGACUCUGAGGACCUCUCGUAUCAUAUGCAACGGGAGAAACCGCAGCGACAGCAUCGGGAACGGUGAUUCUGACGAAAGCUUGGAGAAUCUAUCCGAGAACAACAUGAUGUCAGGAAUUCCUCAGGACGGGAAUAGGAAAAGGUCGUCGGCCACUUCGAGAAAAAGCGACUCGAAAAAGUCGAGCAUAGGCCCAGUAGCUUCCAGCCACAGGGUCGUGGAAAACGGAUCGAAAUCGUCGGAGACUGCCAGCAAUAGCAACGGCAUGGUGUCGUACAGCAAUAACGAGGUCAGCGACGACGAAAUGAGCUAUUACGAGGGCGUGGACAACACUGACAUUUUUGUGAAUAAUUUCAGUAGUGAUGAAUCUCUCAACUCUAGCGGGGAAGUCAAGCUUUUGCCGCCGGUGGGCUUUCUUCCUGCUUCGGGUAUGAAGUCGGAUGUGACUGCCGAACAAGAGACCGCAGCCGGAAAGCAAAGUCAGGAUGGCGUUUUGUCGGAGGUGAUACAAGACAAGGAAAUGUCUGCUGCUCCAGAACAAUUGUCUCCCCCGUCCAAACGGUUGAGGAGGUCAAACGGUCAGUAUCAUAGAAUAAACCAGAAGAACUUGGCUUUUGAAAAGUCUAACAGUGACAGUUCAAAAUCCGGAAAGGUAGAUCCUGUGAAGGAGAACGCGAGUGAGUCGGAAAAGAAAGGUGAGAAACUGACCGCUGUCCAGAAAGAGGGUGAGAUGACAGCACAGCCGGACAGCAGGGCCCUCGGGUCGGAAGUGAAAACCGACGUCGUAAAACCAUCGGCUCUCGCCUCGAGGGCCAAAGUUAAGUACCCCGUUGUGGUCCUGGAGAAGUCCAAAGUGAUGACUGAGCACGUUCCGAUCAAAACCCGCAGUUCCAACAACUUUUCCCACGAGAGCGGAGCAGUAGCGGCGUCUGCUGGAGCCUCCGAGUCAAGUGGUUCGGGUUCAAACCUUGUGGAGCCGAAGCUCGAGCCCUGCGCUGGUGAUCCCCCGCACACCGAUAGUGAGAAGCCAGUGAAGAAAGACCCUGAAGAAAACGACGAAGUAAAGGAUGGUGUGUUAGGCAGUGGUAUACCUUCCUCAAAUAAUGUUGGCUCAUGCCAAGCGGUCACAGAGGCAUCGCCUAAGGCAGGUGCGAAGAGAAAAAGUGUGCAGGGCAGGAAUGUGAAGAGGAAGAAAAAAACCGUUGUCAAGCCAGACAGGAAGUCGGAAGUGGCGGAUUCUUUCAAGUCCAUGAAAUUCAGCCGGACGUUGAACAUGAUGAAAUCUCAGAAGAAGCGCGAGGCUGGUCCUUGCGGCCCCUUCGUAAGGAUAGAAGGUGUGAGGAGCAUGCCCGAUGCUGUGACUGUCUUCCAGCAGUCCGUCAUCGAUUCCUCGGCCUUGUCGGGCAAACAACACGGCGGUGUGGCCAAGAAAAAACAAUCCCAGAACACGCACGCCGCGACAGUGGUCCACUUUGUCACGAACCUUCCCUCCGAGAAAAGUGCCAUGGCCCCGUCGACGAGAACGAUGGAGGGCAACGUCUGGGCGUGCGUCUUCUGCGGCCACCACAGCAGCUACAGGUCUAUGGGGGAUUUGUUCGGACCCUACUACCGAGAGACCGACUUGUCGAGGGUCGAGAACUUUGCCUCAGAAGACAGCAAACAGAACGAUCAUCUCAAAGAUAAAAAGCAGGGAGAGUCUGGCGUCGCUGCUUCCGCGUUGUCCUCCAAGCGACAAAAAGAAGCGGCCGGCCCCAGUUCUCGCAAACACAGAUCAGGGGUUAAGGCGACGAAGGCUGCCCCUCCCCCUCCCCCUCCCGAGGAGAUCUGGGUUCACGAGUCUUGUGCCAUGUGGUCGCCGGGCGUGUACCUGGUGGCUGGGAAACUCUACGGUCUCGAUGAUGCCAUCAGGGACGCAGAAGACACGAUGUGUUCAGUGUGCAAGCAGAAGGGAGCGAUGAUUGGCUGCUUACACAAAGGGUGUUCAAUGAAGUUCCACGUCGUCUGUGCAAUAGACAAAGAAUGCUACAUGGACGAGGAAAACCUGUCGUUAUUGUGUCCCCGGCAUAAGGACAAAAAGUUGAAAGCUGCCUCCGAGUUGAUUGCCUCCUGACCCAGGGGAAAGUGACUGUGUGCUGAGACGACGAACCUUUCCAGCGAGUCUGUAGAUGGAGUCUGUGCUGUGAGUUGGCCUUGACCUUCUAAUGGAUGCUGUGUGUGGCUGAUCUACCCUCCGAGCCCUGAUGGAGGAGUUGGCCUUGAUAGUCUAAUGGAUGCUGUACACGGAUAUGUUAAACGGAUGCUGUAUGUGGAUAUUGUAACCUUCCAGCCCAGGUGUGGUGGGUUUUAUUAGACUCGUGCUGUAAAAGUUCUGUUGGGUUGACUGCUAGAUGAGCGGGCCUUCGUGCCGCUGCGGUGUGCAUUUGUUGCGGAGAAGGGUAGAGUUCUGAUGUGCAUAGAGGUGUACGUUUUGAGUGCUUUGAGUUAAUUCUUCAAGCUCUUACGAGCAGGUUUCUGUGGUACUAUAAUAUUAUCCGGCCUCCCGCGCGCCAGAAGAGUUAAAGAAGUUCAUGUGUGUGGAUCAUGUUGCAGUGAGCCAGAAUCAAGGGUCACUAGCACACUAGUCUCGUCUCCUGUGUACCCACAAAGAUGGUGCACUGCAAGAUGGUUAGUUUCACCUCUCUAUUCGAGAUACAUAACGUUAUCACUCCUCUAUUCGAGAUAGCCGACGUUACAUCCUCAAAGGUGCUGGUGGCAACAUCUCCAUUAUAGCUCCCUAGAUAUCAUUUAGAGGAGGGAGGGACAUAUUUUGAAUAUCAAGAGUUUGAGGAUCAAAGAUUGUCUUUAAGGAAAUUUUACUUUAGAUAUGAAGCAAAACGUUUAGAGUGACAGCUACUGAAAUGCGUGUUGAUUUUGUUCACAAUAUUUUAAUUUUUUGAGAGAGCGGGUAGUCUUGUAGCAAAUGUACUGUGGAUGGUGCACUGGUGCCGAGGGCUCACAUGGGUGUUCAGCUCAUCUGCUUUUCGGAGACCUAAUAGGAGCCUAUAUCGCGACCUCAGUGCUUUCUUGUCGUGUGUCCAUUUUUUUUUAAACAGUGAAAACGGUUCAUAUCAAAGAGUGAGCUUAAGAAGAAGUCACAUUUUUCAAUGUUUAAAAAAAUGGAGAUACGACUAGAAAGCGCUGAGGUCGUGAUAUUGUGUCUGCUCAAGACAAGACUACUAAAAAAAACUUUAUAUCGGUUAGACAGCUGUUGUCGUUCCCUGUUUGAUGUGUCGCCUUUAUGAAAUGUGUGCUUGAGCGUCUUAAAGCCAGAAGGAAAGGGAAAAAAAUGCUUUAGGGCAGGUUGGGCGAAUCUUACCCCUUGUAUUUCUGGCGAGCAUAAUUAUGUGUGUUACCUGGAUUUUGUUUUCUGUGUUAACUUGUUGUGUGUGCUCGUGAAAUGUACACUGAAAAGCUUAUGAUUGACAACUAUGCGGUAUGGUUUAAUCCUUCAGCGUAGAGAGUGGGUUGUGUAGAACUGUUUUUUUCCUAGUGUUUAGUCGUUCAGUAUUGUUUUGUUUUUUCCCCCAGCCCUUUUGGAAACUGGUUUGACCCUCUGGGGGGUAAGAUAAAAGUGUGUGGGGAAGAGAUGUGUGUGUAGUUACAGUAGCCUUCUCGUGACACGAGAACUUUCAGCAUGCUCAAAAUUCAGGCUAACAUACUCCUCCCCAUUAUUCUUCACAAUCGUGGUCGGCUUACACCAAUGAAAUUUCUGAGAACCAUGCAUACAUAGUGUUAGUACUAAAGGCAGGAUUUGUAUUUAUAUAUAUAGAUGGAUUUAUAUGUCGCAGAAUUAUCAAGAAAACAGUGUUGUUGGAUUUUUGGAACUUUUUAUGCAGUUGCCAGUAGUCUAAAUAAAAGGCAGUUUGCUCGUGUGUGUAUGUAGAUAACGUAUUACCCCUUUAUUACACACGUCUUUGUAUAAAAUGUU